CCGAGAUAAAUAACAGAAGAAUAGCUGGGAGAGUCUCGUACAUAAAAGUCAUACUAAACGAAAUCUCCCUCACCGCCGAUAGCUUCUGCAGACGACCAAAAGCCACCGCCAUGGAGAUUGUCGGAAAUCUUACUUCAGACCAACUCCACUUCUUUAAUUCCCAAGGCUAUCUUGUGAUCGAACCUUUCGCCAGCCCUGAAGAGAUUGACGCUCUGCGGAAGAGAAUGGAGCAACUGCUUCAAGGCUUUGACCCCUCUUCCACCGCCUCAAUUUUCUCCACCAAAAACCAGCUAAAGCUGACCAAUGAAUACUUUUACGAAAGUGCUGAAAAGAUUUCAUUUUUCUUCGAAGAAAAAGCGUUUGGAGAUGAUGGGAAAUUGAAGCAAUCAAAGGAACUCUCUAUCAAUAAAGUUGGGCAUGCAUUACAUGAACUUGACCCAGUUUUCAAAGAAUUCACUUGCUCUGAAAAAUUUUCAAGUUUGCUGUUCUCCUUUGGUUAUAAGAGGCCAGCGAUCAUGCAGUCCAUGUAUAUCUUUAAGCAACCAGGUAUUGGGGGUGAAGUAUUGCCACACCAGGAUAACUCAUUUCUUUUUACUGACCCACCAACUUGCAAGGGCCUUUGGUUGGCUUUAGAAGAUGCAACAAUCACUAAUGGUUGCCUAUGGGCCAUUCCUGGUUCCCAUAAACAUGGGCUUGUUAGAAGGUUCAUUAGGGGUGAACAGGGAGUCUCCUUUGAUCGUCCUUCUCCAUCCUAUGACCAGAAAGAUUUUGUGCCUAUUGAAAUGAAAGCUGGGUCUUUGAUUGUAAUUCACGGUGAUCUUAUUCAUCAAAGUUUUGAAAAUCAUUCCCCAAAAUCAAGGCAUGCCUAUAGCUUGCAUGUUGUGGAUACUGAUGGCUGCAAGUGGCUGGAAGACAAUUGUGCUUAUAUUUUGUCCUUUUUUUGCCCCCUUCAGGAUCAGAAGAAAAUUAGAGCCAGAGCCUUUGUAUGUGACUUGAUCAAGCCUGAUGUUAAAUCUGGUACCUGCAGCAGUCUACUGUAGUAUUGUGGGUAUCUCAACUGUCAAGCAAAUUCAUUGAUACUCAGUCGCAGCUUUUAUGGUCAAAUGUGUACGAUAGGAUUUGUGCCAUAGAUUAAUAAUAGAAUAAGUGGAAUGGUUGAGCAUGAUAGUUCCUUUAUUUCCGUUAUUCCAUCGUCUUGUUGAUUAACGAUCAUUUGUGUGGUUUGUUUUGCAUAAUGCAACAUUCACGUCCUUGUCCAUUAUGAUUUCAAAUGAAUGCAUGCUACUUUUUAGCAAAAGGAAUGGUCAUCUAAGCCUUACGAACUGUAACUCUCAAAGAAACCCCAUCUGACAACUUUUCUUCCUUUCAUAAGUUGGUUGCAAUAAUUUGUUUCAGCUAUAAUUGGAAGAUGAACCAUGGUUGAUGGCUAAGAACUGUUACUUUUCAUGAGUGAAUAUGGAUGGAACAAGUGAAACGGUAAACGCAGCCCAAUGUGACAAAACCUGGAUUUCAGUACCCUCUGGAGAUUAUUAUGAGGAGGCAAUAAUUGCAUGGAGCGUAUGCAUCUUGAAUGAAACAUUGUAGCUGUUCAUGUUUGUGAUGGGGUUCAUUUUUGUAGGGGAACCAAACCAAAAACCAAGUGUUAGUCUGAAGUAGUUUAAUGAUGCGGGAUUUUAGUUGUCUUAUUGAGACAGUGCCAGACCAGAGGGGAGUACGUAGUUUGGCAGCCUCCCAUUUUUGGCCAAAGGGCAAUUAAUGCAGGCUGCAUCCAGGGAUUUUUCACUAGAUCACGGUCGGCUUCCUCGGCAAUCCGCGCACCUUGAUUCACCAUUACUCUGCACUGUUUGCUCUGCAUUUUCAUGGUGCACCAGAAAUUCAGUGAUAAGAGCACUGCAAAAGUUUCAGUGAUAUAUCUCUUCUCUCCACCUUUCUUAUAUAUGGUGAAGGGUCUGAUUGUGCAAAAGUUUUUGGGAAAAUGUUUUCCCAUUUUGUUGUGUGUUUGUUUAAGAAUUUGUGAUGAAUGUCC